CACUAAACUAAAUUCAAAAAUGCCUAAAGUCUCUGAAUUCUCCAAUAUUUUAACUCUACUUGAAUAUUCGACAGCAUUUAUUGUCUACGCUAUAUCCCUACAAUUUAUUAUUCGAAUACUUUAUGAAUUAUUUAAACAUCGUUCUAAAGGAUUUAUUUUAAGAGAAAAUAACGGAAUUUCUAAUUUGUUAAUUGCCAAUCUAAUAUGUUGGACAAUAUUGAUGGCAACUGCUUUGCCUCAUAUUGCGUGGAUGUUAUUUCAUUGGCGCCCUGAGGGUGAAUUUUAA